AUGUCUGAAGCUCGCGUCGCCGUCGACAUCAACGUCCUCCGCCGCAAGGAUUUUCGGGACUACGAGUCCUUCAUCGUCCAAUGGGGAAAGCUUGUCAACAAUGCAUACAGAUUGAAACUUUCACAUAAGGGUUUCUGUACUAGUGCAGCUGCUAAAGUCUCAAGCUCCAAUGGUGCUCAACCAAGCAAUGUAAAGCUCUUGAAUUUUUCACCCUUGUUUUAUUUUUCUUGUGGUUUUCGGAGGUUCUUAGGUCCAAGAUGCGAGGGAGUUGACUUGUUUGCUAAUAGAGCUCGUUUGAGAGCUGUAGGUAAAGAUAGUGAGAGUUCUAGUGGUACAAAUGCUGUUUUGGGUUCGAGUUUUGAUUUUGUUAGGGUAAUGGUGAAGUGUGGAGUUGUUUUAGCAGCUAUGGUUUGUGGGGUUUUGGUGUAUGGGUCUAGGAGAGCUUUUGCUGUGGAGGGUGUGGUCAAUGCAAGUUAUGGGGUUGUUGACAAGUGCAUAUUGAUGUUCAGAAAUGCUUGGCCGAAGACGCUGCUGGUUCUUCAAGUUUUUAAAGAGCAGGGUUUGAUUUUGGCGGCGCUUUUGGGUCUCUCGGCUUUUUUCUCAAUGGCAGAGACUUCGAUUACCACGCUAUGGCCUUGGAAGAAUUUACUUGUGUACUCAGUGUUGUCAAUAUUGGAGCAACUACUUUAGUUACAGAGGCUGCAACAGCGAUAUUUGGUGAAGCUGGUGGUGCAGCAACUGGAGUAAUGAUUGUAU